AGCGGUUAUGAAAACUUAAAACGCGUCCAUGACUACAAAUAAUACAAAGACCAUUUCUAUAUUAAAUAUAGAAAAACACUUAUAUUUUUCCCAACCUGACAGAAAACAAACAAAACAAAAAAGGAAUAAUUAACAUCAAAAGUUCAAAACCAAACUAGUUCAACAUAAAGUUCAUACAAACAUUGUUCUGCGUAUCCUACAUGACUACAUCCAAAAAAAGAAGCCGAAACACUAAAUAUAUAUACACACACACCAACGGGACAAUAUAAGUCACAGAGGAGUCACAAUCUAAUACACACACACCAACGGGACAAUAUAAGUCAAAGAGGAGUCACAAUCUAAGCGCAACUAGGUUGCCGCUUGGGAGGCUGCUACCACCGAGAAGAACAAGUCUAGAUCCGGCGGCUGAAAAUAUCCCUUCUUCGGUGGUUCCCUCUUCUUCCCAAAGCCUAGUAGCGAUCUCUUCCUUCUCACCGGAGGUGGACAAGGCGGAUAUGCUGGUAUCCGGCAAUCAUCACGUGUAGGCGUCGUGCAUCCCAUCUGAUAAUCAUCAUCAACCGUCACCGUAUCUCCGUCGUCGUAGUUUUUCUCCUCCAUUUUUGUCCGCUCUCUCGCACUUUCCUAAUAAGGUUCUUAAUUAGAUUGCUUCUUUAUUACACUAGUUUUGGAAGUGACCGUAGCUUGUUCUGGAAGUUGCUAGGUACUUGCGGUCUAGAAACUUACACGUGGAGGAACGUACUGCCACGUGCUAAAGCGUAGUUAUAUUCAGGUGGGAAUAGUUGCCACACAUACCCCACUCGAGUCAAAUGCUCGUUUAUAAUGUGGCUUAGUUAAAACGAAGCCCAUUAAGCUAAACAAGGGCCCGAAUUUACUGGAGCUAAGGCCAUUAACCACGUUAAAGAUUUGCGAAAUAAAUAACCGGUUGGUUUUUAGUUGAAAGACUAAACCGGUUGAAAUAAUCCACGGAACAACAACAUAUGUUGGAGUCUGGAACGCGUUGAUGUCUUGGUUCCCAAGCAGCUCAAAAGUGUGACAUAAAUUGUUGUCCUCAACAAACACCAUAAAAAUCACAAAUUUCGUUCUGGGCUCUUUAUUUUUUUCAAUCACCACAUUUUCACUUGUUAAAAUUUUGUUACUUUGCUCUAUCUGAAACCAAAGCUGCCAUCUUUCUCCUUUUGGGUUUUGAUUAGAUCUCCGAUUUUGGGUUUCUAUAUAUUAUGCGAGCUCACUUUUGUUCGUUCUGAUUAUCUGACAAUGAUAUUCUCCAAGCUUGGUUCUUCCCUCGCUCGAUCCUCACGUUCUAAGGGAUUUGUGUACGGCGGUGGUGUGAGAUCGGCGGUAUUUAACCAAGGGAGGUUACGAGCGCCGCAGAAUCUCGAGGCGGCCGUCAAUCAGGUGGAUGGUGGAUUAGGGUUUUUGAGGCGGCACUUUGCUUCUUUUGCUGCUCGAAAGGGACUAGAAGCCGGUGAUUUAAGCCGUGCUUUCGCUAACCCUAGAUUGCGUCGGUUCUUUUCUAGUCAAACCCCAAAGAAGAAGAAUUAUGAGAACUACUAUCCAAAAGACAGUAAGAAAGCACCCAAGAAUGAGCAGAAAUCUGAAUCCAGAGAUGGUUCAAAGAAAAAUGAAAACGAAAAUGCUGGGGACGCGUUCUCAAAUGAAUAUCAAAAUAUGUUAAUUCCUCUUAUGGCCAUUGCUUUAAUCCUUUCUACUUUCUCUCUUGGUUCCCGAGAACAGCAACAGAUUAGUUUCCAGGAGUUCAAAAACAAGCUCCUCGAGGCUGGUUUAGUGGAUCACAUAGAUGUUUCCAAUAAAGAAGUCGCAAAAGUCUAUGUGAGGAGUUCACCAAAAAGCCAAACAACGGAAGAAGUUGUUCAAGGUCCUGGUAAUGGAGUUCCUGCUAAAGGACGUGGUGGUCAGUAUAAGUACUACUUUAAUAUUGGUAGUGUUGAAUCAUUUGAGGAGAAACUAGAAGAGGCCCAAGAAGCUAUAGGCGUUAAUUCUCAUGACUUUGUUCCUGUCACCUACGUCAGUGAAACUAUCUGGUACCAGGAACUAUUGAGAUUUGCACCGACUUUACUUCUCGUGGCUACGCUAAUUUUUGGGGCAAGACGGAUGCAAGGUGGACUGGGAGGUUUAGGCGGACCUGGUGGGAAGGCUGGCCGUGGAAUUUUCAAUAUAGGGAAAGCUCAAAUAACGAGAGCAGAUAAAAACUCCAAGAAUAAGAUAUAUUUUAAAGAUGUUGCGGGAUGCGAGGAGGCUAAACAAGAAAUUAUGGAAUUUGUGCAUUUCCUUCAGAACCCAAAGAAAUAUGAAGAUUUGGGAGCUAAAAUCCCAAAAGGUGCGCUUUUAGUUGGCCCACCCGGGACUGGAAAGACCCUUCUAGCAAAAGCUACUGCAGGAGAAUCAGCUGUACCGUUUCUCUCAAUAUCUGGUUCAGAUUUCAUGGAGAUGUUUGUUGGUGUUGGACCUUCCAGAGUGAGAAACUUGUUUCAAGAGGCUAGACAGUGUGCACCUAGCAUAAUAUUUAUUGAUGAGAUCGAUGCGAUUGGCCGUGCGAGGGGACGUGGAGGUUUCUCUGGUGGAAAUGAUGAGCGUGAAAGCACACUUAAUCAACUGCUAGUUGAAAUGGAUGGAUUUGGUACUACCGCUGGAGUUGUCGUCCUUGCUGGGACUAACAGGCCAGAUAUUCUUGAUAAAGCUUUAUUACGGCCUGGCCGGUUUGAUCGCCAGAUAACCAUAGAUAAACCUGAUAUUAAAGGCCGUGAUCAGAUAUUCCAGAUAUACCUGAAGAAGAUCAAACUUGAUCACGAGCCCUCAUAUUACUCACAAAGGCUUGCAGCCCUCACUCCCGGAUUUGCUGGAGCUGACAUUGCGAAUGUCUGUAACGAGGCGGCUCUUAUUGCUGCCAGACAUGAAGGAGCAACAGUUACAAUGGCGCACUUUGACUCUGCAAUCGAUCGUGUUAUUGGUGGUCUGGAGAAGAAAAACCGGGUAAUAAGCAAGCUGGAGCGCCGUACAGUUGCAUAUCAUGAAUCUGGCCAUGCGGUUGCUGGGUGGUUCCUGGAACAUGCGGAACCGUUGCUAAAGGUGACUAUUGUUCCUCGUGGCACAGCAGCGCUCGGAUUUGCCCAGUAUGUUCCAAAUGAAAACUUGCUCAUGACAAAAGAACAACUCUUUGAUAUGACUUGCAUGACUCUCGGGGGCCGGGCAGCUGAACAGGUAUUGAUUGGAAGAAUAUCCACUGGGGCUCAGAACGAUCUGGAAAAGGUGACUAAGAUGACUUAUGCGCAAGUGGCAGUGUACGGAUUCAGCGACAAGAUAGGAUUGCUUUCAUUCCCACAACGGGAAGACGAGUUCUCCAAGCCGUACAGCAACAGAACCGGUGCGAUGAUAGAUGAAGAGGUCCGAGAAUGGGUGGGGAAAGCUUACAAGCGGACGGUUGAGCUGAUAGAGGAACACAAAGAGCAAGUGGCUCAGAUCGCUGAGCUCUUGCUAGAGAAGGAGGUUUUGCAUCAGGAUGAUCUCACUAAAGUAUUGGGCGAGCGUCCGUUUAAGUCGGGUGAGACAACGAAUUACGACAGGUUUAAAUCUGGAUUUGAAGAGUCGGAGAAGGAGAGCCAGAAGGAGUCUGUGCCGGUGAAGCCUGUGGAGGAUGAUGGAAUUCCGCCUCUUGAGCCACAGGUAGUUCCGACGUAGCUGUUGGAGACACCCAAAGGUUACUACUACUCAUUGUACAUUUAAUCCAAGGCAAUAACAAAACACGCUUCUGUAUCUUUCUGUUUUAGCACGGAGGGAUUGAUUGUUCUUUCUGGAAAAGUAACAAAGUUUUCACUUUAUAUAUAAAAUCUAUCUUUUUCCAAUUUCAAACUCAUCGUAUUUAGACAGUAGAAUGUCAUUGUAUACAGCAAAAGUAAAGCAAAUUAAGUACACCAAAACAAAUGAUACAUCAAUGACUCCACAAGCUCUGCCUCUAGAACAAAAAUAAUAAAACAGGACUUGGGAUUACAUGGAUAUUCUGUGAUGAACACAAAAGCUAAGAAGGGACCCAACAAGAAGAAGAGAAGAGGAUGCGACCUUUCCAACCUUGUAAGAACCAAUUACUAUCUUCAUCAAGGACAAAGUCUUUAUGAUAACCCCAUUUCUUCAUCUUUUCCCUAAAUAACUGCACAAGCUCUGCCUCCACUGGCUUCUGUUUAAAUCCAGCCCUUAUCAUCCUCACUUGCCAUUGCUUGUACGUCUCAGGUCUCUCCACUCUAUCUACUCCUUCACAUGCUAUCACAUUCAUCACUUCUCUCCCGUAAAACUCCCCUUCGAAAUGUAUCCUCUCCGGGUUUUCUUUGGACAGAGUCGCACCAAACAAGUCAAAGAGUGCCGAGUAGUGAAACAAAGCUUCUUUGAACCGUGUGGUGAAGAACGGUGCGUUGAAAGAUCCAUUGACUGUCGAGCUGAGGAAAACGUUAGGGUUCAUGUCUCUGAUCAGUUUUAGAAAUCCGUCCCUCGGGCAAUCCUCUUCCCCUGGAAUCACAUCUCGGAGGUUCUUGAAUCGGAGCACAGCAUUAACUGCAAGAACUUCGUUUGGUCGGAUCUUGAACUCCUCCAUCUUGAUUGUUUCCCAGUUCUUAGACGCAAUUGCAUUGUAUUCAAAUGGAACACCAAACCGUUUGCAAUACUCUGUCAGUCUUCGACCUGUAUCCUGUAUUCUUUCAGUUGGACGAAGCCCAUGUUGAGGAAUCUCGAUACCGGUAAUCCGUAGUUUCCGUAGUCCGGGGUUGCUCUUUGAUAAGUGCUGUAUAAACAUCGGCCACUGGAAACCAUAAAGGAUCCCAAAAUCGACUAUAUGAAGAACCGAAGCAUCCUUGGCAGCAUCAAGAAUCAUCUUGUUGGAGAAGAAAUAGAUCAAAGUCAUAAACGGAGACGCAGACAAGAACACACUAUAGGAUUUAAGAAUCUGUGCAGCUGUUCGUUUCUUGGAGGAAAUGGAAUCGUAAUAACUCUGGAUCAUAGUUCCUGUGCUACCUUCAAGACGCGCCUCAAGUGCAUUGGCGAAGAAAUGAGCUAGUCUCUGUGAUGCAUCACCAACAGGUGAACAUUGCUUCCUUAUCUGCCUCAGCAAAUCAUCAGCCGUAAUCUUAUCCCCUGCAGAAACAGAUUGUGCGCAUAGUGUGAGAAGUGUGCGGAAAUCAACCGCUCGACUCUUCUUUUUCGCGCGGCCUUUCUUAACCAGAGCCUUGCUUGAACCAUUUUCGCCAUCUUCGAUAAUCUGCGGAUCGCAUUCACCAUCAAGAAGCAAAACCUUAUCAAACAUUUCUGUUAAUUUCCCAUCUUCCUCAUUCACUGCGAAUUGCUUACUCCUCCUCCUAGCUUCCUCUAGAUCAUCUUCUUCUUCUUCCCGCUCGUGAUGAUUCUUCCUAGUUUUCGAGAUAGCUGACCAUCCUUCCUCUACUUUCACCGGAACAACUCUUUCCAUCUCAGGCUCAAGAUUAAAGAUCCAUUGAUCAGUAUUAGGAAGAAACUUGCUAGCUUCCUCUAACCCUCUCUUAAACUGCAGAACUGAUUCUGCAUCACUAAACAUACUCCUGACAAGAAUCUCAUUCGCUGGCUGCCCGAAUUGCUCACCUCCACGCAACAUGUUAGACCCUGGAAAUGACACAACACCAGAAUCACCAAGAUGUUUAUUAUCAAACAACACUUCAUUCUCGAUGCGUACACUAGAAUUGCUGCUGUUACUAUAAUCACCACUAUUACUACUACUACUGGUAGUAAUCGAAUUAUUAGGUAUAGAAGACUGAGUCUGCGAGUCGCUGAUGACUUGCUGCAACAUUUCCUCGGUUUGUCGAAGAGCCAAGGAAUCAUAGAAGAUAGACUGCUUCUCAGCGAGACUCUCUUCCAUAAGGAGCUGGUUUACAUAUUUCAAAAGGGUGUUUUCAGAAUCAAUCUCAUCAGCUGGUGGAGAAAAGUGAUGAUCUUGAUCUGGAACCCAAAUCGAAGGUUGGUGAUAGUAUUGAUCCAUCCGAAGAUCAAAAUCACUAGAAGAAGGAACACCGAAUCCAAGAUCCGGAAUCGAAGUUGGUAAGAAACUCACAUCGUAGCCGUUGACCACACCUGAGUAAUUCGAUUCCAUCAUCCAAAAAAAGAAACUCUUUUUUAUUUUUUUGUAAAACCCUAAAUUCCCUGAAUUUGGCUUCUCGACAUACAAAGAACAGAGUUUUACAAAAGAUUCAGCAACGAAAUCUGAAUCAGAGGAGGACUCUAGACAACAUUGCUUACAUCUGAAGAGGAAGUGGGAUGAUUAAGUGGAAAAAGUAGGAGGAGGCAUAAAGGUGAGAACUUUAUCGAUCAAUUCAUUAAAAAGAGAUAAUUUAAGGACAUGUUGGCGAAGAGUAAUAUUCAAAUGGGAUUGGGUAUAAUUGCUAAGCGUGAGAGAAGAAGCAAGAAAUUGAGAACUGUAGAGAGAUUAGAGGAAGGAGGAAGUUUCCCGGGAAACUCGAAAGGGGGACAAGACCAGUCUUGCGAUUCGUCCGAGGAGUCAAAACUCAAAACUAUCUCUCUUUUGACUUGUCAUUAAGAGUAUUCUUGGGCUUGAUGGGCCCAGUUUUUAUUGUAGUGAUUGUCAUGUUAUCCACAAAAAGUAAUGACUAGUGGUUCUUUUUAAGUAGUGAUUUGUCUCCUAAUUCCCCCAUAUGUUGACCGCUUAUCGAAGCUUAAAUGAUCCAUA